GCGCGGGCUUGUCUGGGCACGUCGCGUCGGAUCGAGGCUCACGCGAAGAGCUUCCUCCCAGGCUCACAUUGCAAGUGAACCGCGUCGCGCCAUCCUCACACCGAGGGCGCAGACUCUGAUCGGCACGUUCCGCGCCUGCCGUGAACCCGAUCAUCAACAAUGAGCUCUGGCUUCCGUGUCUUGCACCUCGUGCGCCCCUUUCUCUCGGUUCUCCCCGAGGUUAAAGCCGCCGAUCGCAGGGUACCCUUCCGCGAGCGUGCGCUGUACACCGUUGUCGCUCUCUUCGUGUUCCUCGUGUGCUCCCAGCUGCCGCUUUAUGGCAUCCACACCGCCAGUGGCGCGGAUCCGUUCUAUUGGGCGCGUGUGAUUAUGGCCUCGAACCGCGGCACGUGCAUGGAGCUCGGUAUCAGCCCGAUCGUCACGUCGGGUCUGGUCAUGCAGCUCCUGGCGGGCUCCAGGAUUAUCGAGGUCGAUGACGCCGUGAAGGAGGACAGGGCCCUCCUUAACGGUGCUCAGAAGCUCCUUGGCGUUCUCAUUACCAUCGGCGAGGCCGUCGCCUACGUCGUUUCCGGCAUCUACGGUGACGUCCGCGAUCUUGGCGCGGGCAACGCCAUCCUGAUCAUCAUCCAGCUGUUCAUGGCUGGCAUCAUCGUCAUCUGCCUCGAUGAGCUCCUGACCAAGGGUUAUGGUCUCGGCUCCGGUAUUUCCCUUUUCAUCGCCACGAACCAGUGCGAGAGCAUCAUUUGGAAGGCGUUCAGCCCCACGACUGUGAACACUGGCAAGGGUGCCGAGUUCGAGGGUGCUGUCAUUGCGCUCUUCCACCUCCUCAUCACCCGCGCUGACAAGAUGCGCGCGCUCAAGGAGGCAUUCUACCGCACCAACCUGCCGAACAUCACCAACCUGCUGUCCACGAUUCUGAUCUUCCUCGUGGUGAUCUACUUCCAGGGCUUCAGGGUCGACCUUCCUGUGGCGUCCAAGCGCGGCCGCGGCAUGAAGCAGACUUACCCCAUCAAGCUCUUCUACACGUCGAACAUGCCCAUCAUCCUGCAGUCCGCGCUGGUGUCCAACCUCUACUUCAUCUCCCAGCUGCUGUACAAACGCUACGGAGGCAACUUCCUGAUCCAGCUCUUUGGUCGCUGGCAGGAGUCCGAGAGCACUGGCCAGUUCAUCCCCGUGGGAGGCCUGGCGUACUACAUCUCCCCGCCCACCAGCCUCAGGGACAUCGCGGCGAACCCGCUUCACGCCGUCUUUUACCUCACCUUCAUGCUCAGCGCAUGCGCCCUGUUCUCCAAGACCUGGAUCGAGGUCUCCGGCUCCUCGGCGCGCGAUGUCGCUAAGCAGCUCAAGCAGCAGCAGAUGUUCAUGGUGGGUCACCGUGAGUCCUCCCUCCAGAAGGAGCUCAACCGCUACAUCCCCACCGCCGCGGCUUUCGGAGGCAUGUGCAUCGGCAUGCUCACCGUUGUGGCUGACUUCAUGGGAGCGAUCGGGAGCGGAACCGGUAUCCUGCUCGCCGUCACCAUCAUCUACCAGUACUUCGAGACUUUCGAGAAGGAGCGCGCGCAGGAGCUCGGCGGCGUACUGUUCUGAGUCAGGGAAAGGAGAGAGCGCGACGAAGUCGCAGGAGGACAAGGUUG